CAAAAUGAAGUGUGUAUUGAGUUUGGUUCUUGUGGCUCUAGUUGCUAUUUCAAAACAAGACGACGUUAAGUGGUCACAACUUGAUCAAAGGCGAAUUUCUGAAAAUAUAACUGAAUAUUUUAAAACAUUCCAACAAAGUAGAAUCAUUGGAGGAACAGAAGCACCGAAACACUCUUCUCCAUGGCAAGCUGCCCUUAUUAUCGACAGCAAAAGCUUUUGUGGUGGUUCACUUAUUUCUAAAAAUUAUGUGCUUACUGCAGGUCACUGCACGUCGGAAGCUGAAUCAAUUCUAGUAAUAUUGGGAGCUCAUAACAUUGAAGAAAAGGAGUCUACCAAACAACUAAUUUGGAGUGCCUCUAUAACCACGCACCCAAAUUAUCGUAAAGCAUUAAGUGGUCCCGUGAAUGAUAUUGGAGUCGUUCAGUUGUCAACUUCAGCCGUACUCAACUCUUAUGUUAAGGUUGUUCCUCUUGCCAACAGUAGAAGUGGGAACUUCAACAACGUUGCCGCUACUUUGUCAGGAUGGGGCAGAACAACAGAUGACUCAUCGAACAUAUCGCCAGUUCUUAUGAGAGUUGACUUGACCACAAUGAGAAAUAUAAUGUGCCAGAUUCAAGUUUUCAAAAUCAAGGCAAUCAUUAGAAAUACUAAUAUCUGUACAUCUGGACGUGGUACAAAAGGGAGCUGCAAUGGAGAUUCUGGUGGUGCUUUAAUUAGCAAUGGCGUUCAAAUUGGUAUCGUUUCAUUUGGAGGGUCUAAAUGUGAGAGAGGAAUGCCUUCAGUUUUUACAAGAGUAUCUCAAUUUCAAACUUGGAUUGCUCAAAACACAGAUGUUUCAUUAUAGUUUUUAUGAUUACUAUACAUUUGUUUAUUUUAAUAUAAUCGAAAAGUAAUUUUAAUCGUUCAAACAAUAUUAAUCGAUUUAUGUUUGCAGCAGUAACAUCAAUAAAUGCAACUAAUUUUAAGGAAAA